AUGACAGAAAUUAACCUUGGUAUUACUUGCGACAUGCACGUUCAUGUUAGAGAUGGGGAAAUGUGCGAAUUGGUAACUCCCACUAUCAGAGAGGGUGGUGUAUCCGUGGCGUAUGUUAUGCCCAAUUUACAGCCCCCAGUGACAACACUUGACAGAGUACUCGCAUAUAAAAAGAAGCUACAGGAACUUGCGCCUCAAACAACAUUUUUAAUGAGUUUCUAUCUUUCCACUGAAUUGAGUCCUGAAUUAAUUCACAAGGCGGCAGCCCAAAACGCUAUCCAAGGAGUCAAGUGCUACCCAGCAGGUGUCACUACUAAUUCAGCUGCAGGUGUAGACCCUAACGACUUCAGCGGAUUUUACCCGAUUUUCAAGGCUAUGGAGGAAGAGAACUUGGUUCUUAACUUACACGGCGAAAAACCUUCCGUGGGAGAAGAGGGAAAUGACAUCCAUGUUUUGAACGCGGAAGAAUCCUUCUUGCCAGCCCUGGAAAAGCUACAUCACGAUUUCCCCAAUCUUAAAAUCAUUUUAGAGCACUGUACUACAGAAGCUGCGAUUAAUACUGUUAAAGAGAUUAAUAAGAACGUUAUUGAUUCCUCUGACAUCAAAGUAGCUGCAACAAUUACCGCUCACCACCUCUUUCUGACAAUUGACGAUUGGGCCGGAAAUCCUAUCAAUUUUUGCAAGCCAGUGGCCAAGUUACCCAGCGACAAGAGAGCUUUGAUUGCUGCUGCUGUUUCUGGUGCACCUUACUUCUUUUUUGGUUCAGACUCUGCACCUCACCCACUGAGCAGCAAAGCCAAACACAUAGGCGUAUGUGCCGGCGUUUAUACCCAGUCUUUGGCCAUCUCUUACCUAGCGGAGAUCUUCGACGCUCAAAAUGCGCUCAACAAAUUGAGAGCAUUCGUUUCUGACUUCGGUAUAGCUUUUUAUGGCGUCUCAAAAACUGAUAUCAGAAGUUUGGAUGAGGUUAUGAUCUACCAAAAAGAACAAAUUGUGCCCGAACAUAUUACCAAUGAUCAAGGAAUCGUGGUCGCUCCUUUCAUGCCUGGCGCCAAGCUGAAAUGGUCCGUUAAAUGGUCCAAGUCAAAUUAG